AUGUCCAGACUCUCAGAUGUGGCUGAGGAACUUCGAGAAUUGGAUGUGAUGUUUAACAGUGGAUUUGAUCUGGAUGUUGUGGAGAAAGGAUUCGCACGUAAGCUGAUCCAUGCUAUCAGUACUGAAGAUGAAGUCUUGGAAUGUGAGGCGUUGAAAAGUCUUGGCGAUUUGUACUUGCGGAAAGCUAAGAUGAAGGAUCACAAGGCUGAGAAUUUUAGUAAAGCAUGUGGGCUGUACAUAGAUGUCCUGAGAUAUUGUAGAAGUGCAGAUGAGAAACAAGUUAUAGAACAUCGUAUUAAAUAUGCAGAGAAGUGUACUAAACUAAAAUACUGUCAAAGUCACAUGGAAUCAGACAUUGAGGUUUCAGAUACCCACACACUGGCUGUGUCGAUGGAGCUUCACAACUUGAAAAAGAAAACCAAGCUGAGGGGCUAUGGUAUAGUUCCCUUAAUUGAAGCUUAUACCAAAUACUUUGUAGCAGCAGUUGCUUGUACAUGUAAAUGUAAACACAAGGAAGUAGAAUCCUUGAAGAGCAUUGGAGACCUAUAUCUUGACAAGGGAAGGAUUGGCAGAAACAAUGCAGCAUUCAACAAAGCAGUCGGCCUAUACCGAGCUGCAAUGGACCGCUGUGACGAUUCAGAUGGCAGAGAAACGCUGGAGCACCGCAUCGAGUACGCGGAGAAAGUCAAACGAAGAAUGAAGAAGCGACAAGAAGUUGGACAAUCCAGGAACAACCUGGUAGUACAGGCCAGUGGACACAUAGAUAUCAAUGGCAAACAACAGGAAGACACUGACAGGUUGGUGGACAGUUUUUUAAUUCUAACUUGA